AUGGCGCGCGCAAUGGGGCCGGUGCGCCUGAAGAAAGCGAAUCCUGUUACGCUCGCGAUCGGUGCCUUUCUCUGCAUAUUCAUCGUCUACUUCCUCGCUGGGCCGCCCGGCGCUUCGAGCGACAUCCUUAAGAAGAAAAAGGCUCAACCAGCCUCCCAUCCUCUCUCCCCACCGACGUCUCCCUUUCGCAAGGAGUCUACCUCUUCCGACGGUCGACGAACCCCGCCGCCUGUCACGCGUUACAACCUGAACAAUGUCACGACCACCGCGAAUCCAAUUGAGAACCGCGAGGAUAUCUUGAUUCUAACCCCGAUGGCUCGCUUCUACCAGGGCUACUGGGACAAUCUGCUCGCGCUCAACUACCCGCACGAACUGAUCAACCUGGCCUUCAUCCUACCCAAGAACAAGGAGGGCAAUGCCGCUACGAGCGCUCUCCAGGCCCAGGUGACCAAGACACAGCGGAGCUCUAAACAGUUCAAGAGUAUCACCAUCUUGCGUCAGGACUUUGACGUGCCCCUGCAGUCGCAGGACGAGGCUGAGCGCCACAAGAUGCAGAACCAAAAGCCCCGUAGGGCAGCCAUGGCCAAGGCUCGCAACUCUUUGUUGUUCACGACGCUUGGUCCUUCCAUCUCCUGGGUCCUAUGGUUGGAUGGGGACAUCAUCGAGACCCCACCAUCCUUGAUCCAGGAUCUCGCCAAGCACGACAAGGCCGUGAUCGCGCCAAACUGCUUCCAGCGUUACGUCGACGAGAAGACGGGCAAGAGCAUGGAGAGGCCGUACGAUUAUAACAACUGGCAAGACAGCAGCACGGCCCAGGAUCUAGCCUCUAAGAUGGGGCCCGACGACAUCUUGCUCGAGGGAUACGCGGAGAUGGCUACCUACCGGGCCUUAAUGGCCUACAUGACAACCGAGGAUAACAAUCUGGACUACGAAAUCCCCCUGGAUGGCGUCGGAGGGGCCGCUCUCCUUGUCAAGGCCGACGUCCACCGCGACGGAGCUAUGUUCCCACCGUUUGCCUUUUACCACCUCGUUGAGACAGAGGGCUUUGCCAAGAUGGCAAAGAGGUUAGGUUUUCAACCGACUGGUUUGCCGAAUUAUAAGGUCUACCACUACAACGAAUGA